AUGUCACCUCUGGAAUGUUCUGAGUGUUUUGGUGACCAACUUCUGCAUAGGACCUAUACCUGGCACCUAACAUUGCACUCAAGGCCACAUUUUACAAGAAAAAGAGAUACCAGACCUGAAAACCUAGAAAUUCCAAUCAAUGUGGUUCUACCUCAGAGGGGCACGGCCGAGCCCUUCCUGAGGCUCCACAACCUGUACUCCAGCCCGCGCUGCCCCAGGCAGGCCGCCCUGCCCAGGCCCAGCCGCAGGGUGGUCAGCCAGCACUCCUACCCGCUGAAUCGCUUCUCCUCUGUGCCCCUGGACCCCAUGGAGCGCCCCACCUCCCAGGCGGACCUGGAGCUGGACUACAACCCUCCCCGCGUGCAGCUCAGCGACGAGAUGUUCGUGUUUCAGGACGGGCGGUGGGUGAACGAGAACUGCCGCCUGCAGUCGCCCUACUUCUCCCCCUCGUCGUCCUUCCACCACAAGCUGCACCACAAGCGGCUGGCCAAGGAGUACCUGCUGCAGGACGAGAACAAGUGCCUGCGGGAGGAGAACCGCGCCCUGCGCGAGGAGAACAAGACCCUCCGCAAGGAGAACAAGAUCCUGCAGGUCUUCUGGGAGGAGCAGAAGCUGUCGCCCGGCCGCGAGGACAGCCGGGCCUCGUCGCCGCUGCUGCGCAAGGACGAGGAGAGCCAGGCGGCCGCGGGCCUGGAGGACGGCAGCCAGCCCCUGGAGCUGCUGCGGGAGAUGAACCAGGCGCUGCAGGCCCUGCGGGUUGAGAACCAGAGCCUGCAGGUCCUGCGCGAGGAGAACCGGCUCCUGCAGGAGGAGAACCGCGCGCUGCACGUGCUGCGCGAGGAGCACCGGCUGUUCCAGGAGGAGAACAAGGCGCUGUGGGAGAACAACAAGCUGAAGCUGCAGCAGAAGCUGGUCAUCGACACGGUGACCGAGGUCACCGCCCGCAUGGAGAUGCUCAUCGAGGAGCUGUACGCCUUCAUGCCGGGCAAGAGCAAGGACCCCAAGAAGCCCCCCAGGGUCUGA